AACUUAUCUAAACUCUCUCUAUCAGUUGUUUGAUUUUGCUUUUUCACCUUAUAGAAACAGUCAUUGCUUCUUAUCUCUAAUUUUAUAUUUAAUGAGAAACAUAAAGGGCACAAAGUGGAAGACCCUCCAACAAACACACCAUCGCUAUGUUUACCAAGAUAGUAAUAUUACAGGAUCAUAAAACUACAGAUAAACUGAUAACAUAUAAUAAUAACGACUCUCUUAUCUUGUUUCUCUUCAGAUAAUUUUUAGGAUGGCGGCGGUCCAAUAGGAGGAGGGAUGAGGGACUUUUGGCCGGCAGCGCUGGUCUCCGGCCUUUGUCACACAGACCAGCAGGACCCUUUCCCCGUGUGGCAGGAUGGACACGUCACCCCCUGUUUUAACCAGCUCGUCCUCGGAGCCCUGCCUCACGCUGGGAUGGCUGUUUUCAGUGCCUGCUACCUCGGCAUGGCACGGAGCAGCCUCCUCCAGACGUCUCCUCCCUGCGGUUGGACGCUCAGGUUGGUCUCUGCUCUGCUGGCGGCGCUGCUCUUCACUGCAGACGUGGUCCUGGUGAGCCUCCUCCAGCAGGGGGACAUGUACCUGGACAUCCUGGCCGACAGCUGUGCCAUCCUGGCCUGGCUGGUUCACUUCGGCGCCAUAACGGUGCUCCAGAGGACUGUUUUUAGGAGAACCAGAGGACCUACUUUGCUGUUCCUGCUGGUUCUUCUGUCUAUCCCAAACCUGGUUUUCUCUUUAAUGUUUUACUGUGACAAUAAGGAAUAUUUAAGCCUCUCAGAUCCUCUCAGAUUCACACGGUUUGUGCUCACCUCAGUUCGGACGCUCCCUCUUCUGGUUUAUCUUCUAGCAUUUGUAUUCCCCUGUAUCAGUGAUGCUGGUUACACGUUGUACAUUAACGCUGUGGAUGGAUCCCCGCUCCUUUCAGAGAGCAGCCAGCUUGACACGGGUGAGAUGGUGGCGGAGGACGGGAGCAGCUGCGUCUCUCGGCUUUUCUACCUGUGGCUUACCCCUCUGCUCAGGCGAGGGCAGCGAGGCGAGCUCGACAGAGCGGCAGAUGUUUAUCAUCUUCCUCGAAAACUGCGCACCAGUGUGAUCUGUCGGUACUUCCACCAGUGCUGGGAGGCGUGCCGGAGAGGGGCGGCGGUGCAGAACGGGCAGGAUCAGUGGCCCAGGCCGGUCAGCAGCAGCCUUCUGAACGGCAGCUGGAGUUCACACUACCAGGAGGAAUCUCUGGAGCUGGAGGGCGACGUCAGGCUCCUAAGUGUGCUGCACAAGGCAUUUGGGCUGCGAUAUUACCUUCUUGGAGUGCUGAAGUUGGUUGUCAACCUGCUGAGCUUUGCAGGUCCGCUUCUCCUCAGCAGUCUGGUGAACUUUAUGGAGGAAGAGGGGGCUCCGGUCAGCAGGGGCGUCUGGUGUGCUGUGGGGCUUUUUGCCGCCACCCUCCUCUCCUCCAUCCUCCGUAACAUCUUUGUCUUUGAGGUUUCCAAGGUGGCGCUGUCAGCUCGUGCCGCUCUCAUUUCGGCCAUCUACGGCAAAGCCCUGCGGGUCAGCAGCAGCAGCCUGGCCGGCUUCGCUCUUGGGGAGGUGGUGAACUUAAUGAGUACGGACAGCGACCGCGUCAUGAACUUCUUCAACAGCUUUCAUGAACUGUGGACUCUUCCCUUCACCUUCUCCAUCACCCUCUACCUGCUGUACCUGCAGGUGGGGGUGGCCUUCCUGGGAGGGCUCGGCGUGGCGCUGCUGCUGGUCCCUUUCAACAAGUUCCUGGCCUCCCGUAUCCUUAGCAACAACAAACACAUGCUCAGGUACAAGGACAUCCGGGUCAAGCUAAUGACAGAAAUCCUCUUCGGCAUUCGUGUCAUCAAGUUUUACAACUGGGAGCCUCACUUCACUCAGAAAGUGGCCGACUGUCGCAAACAGGAGCUGUCUCACCUCAAGGCCCUCAAGUACCUGGAUGCCAUGUGUGUGUACACCUGGGCCGCUCUGCCCGUGGUCAUCUCCAUCCUCACCUUCGUCACCUACGUGCUGCUCGGACACCAGCUGACCGCAGCCAAGGUGUUCACCACGCUGGCUCUGGUGGGGAUGUUGAUCUUCCCUCUCAACUCGUUCCCCUGGGUGAUUAACGGCAUCCUGGAGGCCAAAGUGUCUCUGGAGCGAAUGCAGCGCUUCUUUGACCUGACCAACCAGGACCUGCAGGCGUACUAUGCCCUCGUGUCUCCUGAAGACAGCCAGACGUCGGUCCUGUUUAAUCAGGGAAAGUUUUCUUGGCAGCAGCUCGACGAGAACAAAGAGAGAGAAACUGAAUCUGGAGCUGCUAAAGGAAGUCUGCAGCUGCACAAUCUCAAUCUACACAUCACAAAGGGCUCUCUGGUGGUUGUGGUGGGGAAGGUCGGCUGUGGGAAGAGUUCGUUACUGGCUGCUCUCACUGGAGAACUCAACAGGCUCAGCGGAGUGGUGUAUGUUGCAGACAGAGACUACGGUUUUGGUCUGGCAGCUCAGGAGCCGUGGAUCCAGCAUGCGUCCGUCCGGGACAACAUUCUGUUCGGCAAAGACUACGAUACCUCCUUCUACCAGGCCGUGAUCGAGGCCUGCGCACUCUCAGACGACCUCAACGUUUUGCCGAAUGGUGACAGGACAAAAGUGGGAGAGAACGGAGUGACUCUGAGCGGAGGACAGAAGGCUCGAGUGGCCCUCGCCAGAGCUGUUUACAUGGACAAAGACAUCUACCUCCUCGAUGACCCGCUGGCUGCGGUCGAUUCAGACGUGGCCGAACACCUCAUGCAGAAAUGCAUCGUUGAACUCCUCAGAGGAAAGACCCGAGUCCUCUGCACGCACCGCAUCGAGUUUGUGGACAAAGCGGACUCUGUGAUCCUCAUGGAGAACGGGACGAUCGUCAAAAUGGGCUCACCAGCAGAAGUCCUUCCUCUGGUAGAGGCGGUGCCGAAAAAACGGAAGAAUGACCAGAACACGAAGGAGAAAGCAGAAGGUGUGGAGCAGGAGGAGGAGGAGUCGGGCUCACCUGCUGAUCUGUGUGCGGACAAUGAUGCUGACCCCUCGGGGGCGGAGCAGAAACAGGCGGGGGGGCUGGCGUGGAAAGUUUACCGCAUCUACUGGGUGUCUGUGGGCAAAGUGCUCGCCGCCUCCAUCCUGUUAUCUCUGCUCCUCAUGCAAGCCUCUAAGAACAUUUCCGACUGGUGGCUGUCACACUGGAUCUCAGAGCUGAAAAACAACGGUUCCACUGGGAGGAAUGGUUCCUCCUCAGCUGCCUUCAGUUCACCUCAGCUGCUGCUUUUCUCACCAGGAGGCCUGAUGUCACCUCUCUCCUCGCUGCAAACGCUCCCUUCGACCAAUUUGAGCUCAGACGUCAGGUUUUAUCUGACGGUGUACGGCUCCAUCGCUGCAGCCAACACUGUCUUCACCGCCCUCCGAGCCUUCCUCUUUGCGUACGGAGCCGUCUGCGCCGCAACGGCCAUCCACAACAGACUCCUGGAUCGAGUCCUUAAGGCCACAGUGACCUUCUUCGACACCACUCCGCUGGGUCGCAUACUCAACCGCUUCUCCUCGGACCUGUACAGCGUGGAUGACAGUCUGCCAUUCACCCUGAACUCCUUACUGGCCAACGGCUUCCGCCUGCUGGGCAUGCUGGUGGUGAUAAGCUACGGCCUGCCCUGGGUCCUAGUGCCCUUACUUCCUCUGGCUCUGCUCUACCACCGCACUCAGCACUUCUACCGGCACACCUCUCGGGAGCUGAAGCGCCUGUGCAGCCUCACCCUGUCGCCCAUUUACUCGCACUUCUCUGAGACGCUGACCGGCCUGGGAACCAUCCGGGCCAGUCACAGCUCUGCCAGGUUUGAGGAGGAAAUCGCCAAGCGUCUGGAGCAGAACCAGCGCUGCCUGUUCCUCAGCAAUGCUGCCAUGCAGUGGCUGGACAUCCGCCUGCAGCUGAUUGGUGUCACUGUGGUGACGGGCCUCGGGGUGAUCGCUGUGGUCCAGCACCAGUUGGAUUCAGUUGAUCCAGGUCUGGUGGGUCUGUCUCUGUCCUAUGCUCUGUCCAUCACAUCCCUGCUGUCUGGCCUCAUAUUCAGCUACACUCAGACAGAGAUGCAGAUGGUAAGCGUGGAGCGGACUGAGGAGUACUCUACCGGCCUGCCGACCGAAUCGCAGCAUCAAAACAAUCAGUUGCCCCCGGCGUGGCCCGAGCAGUGCUGGUUGGAGUUCCGUAAUGUGGUUUUGGCAUACAGGGAAGGUCUUCCUAACGCUUUGGAUGGGGUGAGCCUGGUGGUGCGACCCGGGGAGAAAGUAGGCAUCGUGGGGCGAACGGGCUCUGGCAAAUCCACCCUGUUCUUGGCCCUGUUCCGUAUGGUGGAGCUCAACCAGGGUCAGAUACUCCUGGAUGGGCUGGACAUCAGCACUGUAGGUCUGGCUCAGCUCAGGUCCAGGUUGGCCAUUAUUCCUCAGGACCCCUUUCUUUUCAGCGGGACCAUCAGGGAGAAUCUGGACCCCUGUGGGCGACACCUGGAUCAGCAGCUGCUGGAUGUUCUGGACCAAUGCCAUCUCAGCUCUGUGGUUAACAGGAUGGGUGGUUUGGAUGCUGAGGUGGGAGAGAAAGGAAAAGCCUUCUCUGUGGGACAGAGGCAGCUCCUGUGUCUGGCGAGAGCUCUGCUGACUCAGGCCAAGGUUCUGUGUAUCGAUGAAGCAACAGCCAGCGUGGAUCAGAAGACGGACAAACUACUGCAACAGACCAUCAGAGCAAAGUUUCAGGACAAAACCGUACUCACUAUCGCUCACAGGAUCAACACCAUCAUGGACUGUGACCGGGUGCUGGUGAUGCAAGCUGGGAAGGUGGUGGAGUUCGACACACCUGCUGCUCUCUGCCAAACCGACCAGUCCAUCUUCCAGAGGCUGGUCGGAGGGAGAGAACAGUGAGAUUAACAAAAAAAACAAACACUGAAAUCUGAAGAUAAUAUUUUUUUUUACUUUAAUCUGGGAAGUUUUGCUGAGAACUUGAAGCCUUUUUCAGCGCCGUCCUGAAACUUUUACAUCACACACCGAGACUACGCUUCUUCUGUCAGAGGAGAGAAAUGGUGAAAUGAUGACGUGGGGUUUAAUAACAUUGUGUUAUUUGUGCUGACAUUUAGUUUCUUUUAAUUAAUUAUUUAAUGCAGAUGAAGGACUUAUUGUCUUCUAAAUGUUGUUCUUGAUAAAGUGAAAAACACUUUCCUUAGAUGACUGUUUUUUAUCUGGUUGAGCUCAAUUCUGGGGACAUUUUCUAACAUUUUUAAGCAAUACAUUUGCACUGCAUUAUGAUCCUGCUGCAAUUAGAUUUAAUAAUGCUCUUAACUGGGACCAGUACUUACACACAACUCUCUGCACUCAACCAGUCCAUCAUCAUCCAAACUUUCGACUCGAUCGACUCCAGAAUGCGCUGGGAAAAAUCACCCAAUCAUAGAUGUGCAUAUUAUGGCUAACAGCUAGUUGCACUCAUGUCUGAAUAAUUUAAAAAUAAAUCAAAAUUUUAAGAGGAUGAAAUGUAAAAAGUCAUGCUACUAAACAUCUGGGGGAAAAUCUUGCUUCCAAUCUUAUUAUAUGUUAACCCAGAUUGAGUUGGAAAUAUGUUUUAGUUGAGUUAGCAGCUCUCUAACACAUAUUAACCCUCACCUCCUAUUGUAUAGAAUACUGUGGGGUAUAUUACAGCUCUUAAACUAUGGAUUUAUGCAGGAAAACAUCUGCAUACAGGCACUUUUAUUCUGGACCUCUUGUUUUUUUCUCAUGCAAACACACACACAAGGAUGCCAAGCCAUCCUGAAAACGGUUAAACCAUAGACUGUAUAUAAGAAAUAGACGUAACAUCCAUGACGUCACCCAUUGCUUUGUGGACUGCUGCUCGGAAGCCAAUAGUUUCGGAUCUGGGUAGCGCCAUCUUGAAAAUUUCCUGUGCAUGCCGGGUAAAAAAAAACACGGAUCCUACUUAUACGGGCAUCAGGAGGGGCAUGAGGUGCCCCCCUGAACCUGUGAACCAAUCAACCUGUCAAUCACGACGUAGCCACGCCCUAAUGCAUACCCUGCUUUAUCGUCACAUAUAAAAUCAGGGAGGCCAAAAUGUCCCAAAUGAACAUCAUACUGCAUUGAAGAAGGCUUUAAACUAGCGAUUGAGACCAUAAACACAUUUUGAAAACGUUUACUGAGGUUAGAAAUCAAGUGAGAAGUUGGUGAAUUCUCCAUUGACUUGUAUAGAGACGGAAGUCCUUUUGACACCAAAACGGUCGCCCCCUGGUGGCCUUUUGAUAGAAUGCAGUUUUAAGUUACUUCCACGUUGGCAUCAUUUCGGAGGCCCGGAACUCCCCGCCUGGGUUAAACCCUUCUCCAAUGAUCUACAGGGGGCAGUAAUGUGCCAAGAAAUGCUGCAGUAUGCCAGAAAAGGCAGUGAAGAAGACUUUAAGCUAAUGAAUGAUUUAAGAAGCUUAAGAAAUCAGCUUUGCUUUUUAUGAGGAAGGAAUGGCAUUUAGAUCUCAAGGAUACACACAAUUACUUUGAGUUUAAAUGCAAUUUUUUAAAAUAGAAAACUCCACACAGGCCUCUUUUUUUUAAUGAGUGCCAAGAAAAUCAAAUCUCACUGCACAUUUGUCUCAAUCCGAUCAGUCGAGCCAGGCUCUCUUCGAGGUUUCUUUCCAUUAAAGGGCAGUUUUUGCUGUCACCAAAUGCUGCUCAUAGAUUAGAGUACAGUCUAGACCUGCUUUAUGUGAAAAGUGUCAUGUGAUAACUUCUGUUGUGAUUCAGUGCAAUAUGAAUAAAACUGACAACACUAUUUAACCCUUACAUACUGUUUGUAUUCUGCAACCUCACAGUAAGAAGCCUCUCAUAAAAAGUGUCUGCAGAUGUGUUUAAAAAACCUUAAAUAGUCGAUCUAACCUUGAAACCUUGAUUGAUGUUUCAGAGCGCAGAGAGAGAGUCGAGAAACAACAGCCCCUAUCACACAAUAUCAUGUCCUAUUUUACCUAAGACAUGAAAAUAUAACAUAUUAUUCAAAUGUUAUUUUAUAUGUAAAGUGAAAAUGAACAGAACUUUAUGGAGCUGUGGGGUUUAUUGUAUAACCAUUAGAGCCAUCAGUCUUCACUGCUACAUCAUAAAAACAAAUCCUCAUAACUACUAUCUUAUUAAAACUAUUAACUAUUCAUUUAAUUUAAACACAUGUCAAUAGAUACGGAGAUAUCACCUAAACAGUAUGUAAGGGUUAAAUGGUUUUUCAGUCACAGUCAGGAAAGAAGCGUCAUUAACCUUUAUGUCGUCCUCCCGGGUCAAAUUGACCCCGUCUGUUUUAACGGUUCCUUCUUUCUUCCUUCCUUCUCUUUCUUUCCUCCCCCCUACCUUCCUCCCUUCCUUCCUCUGUCCUUCUUUCCUUCCUUCCUUCCUCCCUUCCUCUUUUCCUUUCUCCCUCCCUCCCUCCUUCCUUCUUUCCUCCCUCCCUCCUACCUUCCUUCUUUCCUCCGUCCUCCCUCCCUUCCUUCUUCCUUCUUUCCUCCGUCCUCCCUCCCUUCCUUCUUCCUCCCUUCCUUCCUUUCUCCCUCCUUUCCUUCCUUCCUUCCUUUCUUUCCUCCCUUCCUUCUUUCCUUUCCUCCCUCCUUUCCUUCCUUCUUCCCUCCUUUCCUUCCUUCCUUCCUUCUCUCCUUCCUUCCUCCCUCCCUUCCUUCCUUCCUCCUCCCUUCCUUCCUUGACUCGAGGACAACAGGAGGGUUAAUCUGAAUGUCAGUAAUCUGUGAUUUCCCAAAAUGUCAUCUUUUAAGUUUGGGUCACUUUGCAAUCAUUAAGUUUCACUUACUGUUAUAUAAGUUACAUUUUUUUGUUGUUAAAUUAAGUCUAAAUGUAGAUUUAUCUUAAAUAAAAUUGUAUAGUUUAUUGCAUGUUAAGAUCAUUUUCUUCUGUCCACAGGGAACAAGUGGAUGUAAUUCAUUCACAAAGGGAGAUUUAUUAUAUGUAUGUUAUGGAAAGUAAUCAAAGGUCAGAGGUGUCAGAACUUGUCGUUGUCACGUUUACUUCUCAUGAAAACGAAAAUACAGGUUUUCUAAGUGUGUGUUUUUUUUAUAAUGAAGAAAUAAAGUCUC